UAAGCGAGGUGGCUGCAUGUGGUGGCGCCGACCCAGCGCCCGGGCUGGGAGGAGAGGAGGAGGCAGCAGCCUCUGCUCGCCGCUCGCUCCCGGCUCCCGCUCCCCGGGCACUCCUCCCGCCCCGAGCCGCCCCUCACUGCCUCUUGCCCCGCCGAUACCUGCAGCAUGGACUCGGACUCCGGGGAGCUCAGCGAAGGCGCGCCGGUCUCACCCGCAGGGCCUGAUUGUUUCAGUUCCAAGAAUCUCGCACUGCAAGCCCAGAAAAAGAUCCUGAGUAAAAUGGCAACCAAAACCAUGGCUAACAUGCUAAUUGAUGACACGAGCAGUGAAAUCUUCGAUGAGCUGUACAAAGUAACCAAGGAACACAAGAGAAACAAAAAGGAAGCCCAUAAAAUUAUGAAAGACCUGAUUAAAGUGGCAAUAAAAAUCGGGAUCCUCUAUCGAAAUAAUCAGUUCAACCAAGAAGAGCUGGAAAUCGUUGACAAGUUCAGGAAGAAGCUGAACCAAACCGCCAUGACAAUCGUCAGUUUCUACGAGGUAGAAUACACUUUUGACAGAAAUGUUCUUGCAGAACUUCUGAACGAAUGUAAAGACCUUGUGCAUGAACUCGUAGAUCGACACCUGACACCCAGAUCCCACGGGCGCAUCAACCACGUCUUCAACCACUUUGCGGAUGUGGAAUUUCUAACUGCCCUGUACAGUCUCGACGGGGACUGUCGGCCAUACCUCAAAAAGAUCUGCGAUGGCAUCAACAAACUACUUGAUGAGAAGAUCCUCUGAAACUACGCUCAAAACCAAGAAACCAACCAAAAACUUCUCUCUGGAACUGGCCACCCUUCAUGAGCCGUGGUGAGCAAGCAAGCUUCCUUCCGACCGGUAUCUGACUCAAGUCUCCAGCAGGGGCCAGAAAGUGCUCACCAGGCUCGUGAUGAAGUGGAAAACUUCAAUCAGAAAGCUAUCAAUUUUCCUGUUUUGUUCAGAUAAUUCUGUUGUUUCCAAGGAGCGGAGCGAACAAGGCUGCUGACAUACAUUGUUAGAAACAGACUGCGAUACACCGUGACCUUCCUGGCUUUGUGUUCGAGGCUGAACGAGUGAACAGAAAGUAAACUCAAGCGCAUGGCUGUGUUAAAAUAGACGAGUGAAGGCAAUGAGCAACGCAUGGAAUGUACCCCCAGGCUGCCCUUGGUGCCUAUGUUUUUAUUAUUCCCACGCUAAAUGAAAAAGCUUAGACAGAAAGUUGGGCUGUGAUGGAUUGAGCUCCCUCUUUUCAAAAGGAUCAAGAAUCAAAAAUCAAAAAGUCUAAUUUUACAUAAUAUUCAAGACUAAUAGGGGAAUAACAUAUAAUGCAAACUGAGCAGAAGUGGGGAAAAAAUCUAAGGAGCUGCACUAUGAAGCAAUAUUUUCAUUAAAGAGUUUUGUUUUAUACCUGAUAAUAACAGAGAAGGUUUAAUUUUAAUUUUGAAAAGCAGCUCAGUGGUUCAAGCUCAAAGGUACCCAGAAAACUAGAUAAAGUAGUACAUGGGUUUCCCCACUCUCAGGGCUCAUAUGUUUGGUUCUGCCCAAUGAGUUUAGGCUGAAGGUUGUCCUGCUCUUUGCGCUCUUUACUGUUUCACCUGCCAGAACAAAAUACUCUCUGUGAAGAUUCUGAAAUCGCAGUUGUGAAGAAGAGCACGACUGAGACACCAAUGGAGCUACAAAGCGACGUUUACAGCCCCUGUCCCCAAAAUACUCAGCCCAAAUAAAACUCGCGGUGUAAAGUGUCCAUGAUGUUAAUUUGUGCCUAGGGGAAAGCAGAGGUGUGAUAAGGAAGCCCAUCACUAUGCUUGUGGUGCCCUCCAAGUGUAGUGUCUCCACAGGAGGCUUAAGAGAACUGUCUUAGUGACUCUGGGGAGCUUGAUGAAUGACUGACUUGGUCAGAAUAUUUUCAGUGACUCUUUUUUCUUUUUGUUUUAAACAAAAUACAGUGAUGUCUUCAAACUUAGAACACUUUGCAAAGAAAUACUGGUUUCUGUGCAAUUUUGUUAGGAUUGAGGGAGAAUCAGAGCAGAGCAGAUACACCAACUUGCCACUUGGAUAAUCCCACUGACCCUAAGUAAAGGAAGGAUGUUGGGAAAUCUCUCCUCUCCUUGCCCUCUACAUCUCACCCUCCAGACUCACCUCUACCCACUGACACUUCAGCGUCACGUCCAACUCCUUUUCGUGGACGCAGAUAGGAGACAAUCCCAUUAUCUGGAGGUAACACCUUCCAUAUCACAUAUAUUAUAAUACAGAGAUGCAUGUACUUGAAAAUUGACAAAGACAAGCAAAUAUAUUUGAAAGCCAUUCCUCUCCGAGGAAGACUUCCAGUGUCAAUCACCCAUUACUUUAGGAUAAGAAAAAAUUAUGUUUCUCAUUUAAACUCUUCAAUACUUUGGUGGUAGAGGAAACUGCUCAAAGUUUUGUUCUUCUUCCAUCUUUCCUCUUUUCCAGAAUAACUAUAUUGUAUCUCUUGCAACAACAAUUCUGACACUCACACCUUUACACGGUUGAGAACACACACACCCAGAAACCAUUCAGUCACUAGAGCUGUGCUAUAUGGAUUUUUAUCUGUUCCCAGAACUCAUUUUGGAGCACAGUAAAAAUGGCAGCACAAGACAAUGUAAUUUUCCUCACCUAUUUCCUUUAACCAUAAAAAGUAUAUUAAAUAGCAAUGAAGGUGGACAAUUCCUUUGCAACACAGCACAGUCAUGAAAUACCCACAUUUGGGGCCCAGCCAUAUUGACACGCACCAUUAGCUGCAUUUUUCCAAGCACGUACUCGUCAACUGAUGCUUUUGAACAGUAUUUAUUGUAUCUGACACUCCUGUCCCAGUGCACCCAUGUCAGAUUUUGCGUGUUUCACUCGUGGCAAACAAAUUUAAGUUCCUUUUUUAACACCAGAAAAAAAAAAAAUUGAACAUUCAAGAUGUCCAAAGGAAAGGGAUAUCCUGUGUCUGUGACUUUCUUUUUGUGUGUUGCAAGUAUCAAUAUUCAGAUUCUGGUAUUUUAGACAAACCAGCUGAACAUCUGUUGUUUUAUUUAUAAAUCUGAGUAGCCUUAAGGAAAGAGAAUGUUUUCAAGUAUUUCUCGUACUUGCAUAUACUGUAUAUUCAUUGUUUACUUUUGUACUUGUAGCUUGGUAUGUAAUAACAUUGCUAAAAUAAGGGCAAUGUUCAGGUCACCUUAAGUAUAUGAUGUAUUAUCAUAUUUGUGGAUUAAAAAUGUGUGAUUACUGCC